CGCUAGGGGGCGGUAAUGACGCCAGCCCAUGAAACCGGAAGUGUGCGGUCCCAUUGUUGUGGUCCUGCUCAGCGAUCCGGCGACUUGGAGCCGAACCCGUCCAGCAUGUCUUCCGUCCAGCACCUGAGGGAGUUCAUCAGCGAGCGGCUGACCGCUGCUGCGGAGGAGAUCUUCGGGGUGUUCCACAGAACCAUCGCCCAGUACGAGGAGGAGAUGGACCGCCAGCGCAGGCUGCUGGACGCCGCCUGGAGACCCGAGAUCCAGCUGGACCGGACAGACGUUCCGCGGCGUUUCCCCAGGAGGAAGGAGGCUCCUGCUGAGCCGCAGUCCGGCGUGGAGCCGCUGGAAGCUGCAGCUCCAGAGAUUAAAGAGGAACAGGAGGAGCUGUGGCCCGGCCCGGGAGAAGAGCCCAUGGCUCUGAAGCAGGAGGCGGAGGUCCUGAUGGUGACUCCACUGUCUGAGGACGGAGACCACAGUGAACCAGAAUCCAGCCAGAACCAGGUCCAGUCUGACAGGCCGGACCAGGAGGGAGGCUGGCCUGCCGACUCUGGACCAACGAGGAACGCGGAGCUGAAGGAGAGACGGGACAGGAAGCUGAUGGACAACUGUCCGCCGUCGGCGAGUAGAAGAGACAGUUCUGUGCGGCGUGAGGCUGGUGGAAGCGCGUCGCAGGAUCCUUCAGGAUCUACGAGUCGCUACAGGAUCCACACAGACUUCCCAAAGCAUUUUCUCUGGAAGGAGGCUAAGAUUCCUGCUAACCAGGAGGGAAGCUCCCGUCUGGACCAGGAGGAACCAGAACCUCCUGAGAUUAAAGAGGAGCAGGAGGACCUGUGCUUCAGCCCUGAUGAAGAUGGGCUGGUAGUGAAGCAGGAGGUGGACAGCUUCCUGGUGACGUCUGACUAUGAGGAAACUGACCACAGUGGGUCAGAACCAAACAGGAAGCAGCUCCUUUCUAACGCCUCUCCUGCAGCUGAGAGCCAGCGUCAGGAUCAGGAGGCGAGCUGGGAUGAAGACUCGGGGUCGACCAGCAACCGGACCAGUCAAAGUAACGCCGUGGAUGGCCUCCCUCCGUUGGACAGUCUCUGUACUUCCGACUCGGGGAAUAAAUCUUUGAAAUGUGGCGUCUGUGGGAAGACUUUUAGCAGCAAUUUCAAAAUGCGGAAACAUUACAGAAUCCACACGGGUGAGAAACCGUAUUCCUGUAAGAUCUGCAGGAAAGCUUUCCGGGAGAGCAAGUACCUGUCGGUCCACAUGAGAACUCACACGGGGGAAAAGCCGUAUUCCUGCGAGACCUGCGGGAAAAGUUUCAGUCAGAACAGCCAUUUAAGUUCCCACAAGAGGACCCACACAGGUGAGAAGCCACACCCCUGCAGCACCUGUGGGAGGAGAUUUGCAGAAGCGUCGGCUCUCAGAAACCACAUGCUCACCCACACCGGAGAGAAACCCUUUUCCUGCCACAUCUGUGGAAAAAUAUUACGGUACAGCAGCAGCUUGUCUGCUCACAUGAAAAUCCACACGGGGGAGAAGCCGUUUGUGUGCAAGACCUGCGGGAAAUGCUUCAGCCACAACAGCAGCCUCAUCUCCCACAUAAGGAUCCACACGGGAGAGAAGUCGUACCAGUGCACGACGUGCGGCCGCUGCUUCAGCCACAGCACCACGCUGCUGCGCCACACCCGCAGCCACACGGGGGAGCGGCCGUACUCCUGCGCCACCUGUGGGAAAUGCUUCAACAGCAGCAGCCACCUGACCGUCCACAUGACCACCCACACCCGGGAGAAGUUGUAUUCCUGCACCAUGUGCAGCAAGCGCUUCAGCCACGGCAGUAACCUGGUGCGCCACAUGAGGACGCACACCGGCGAGCGGCCGUACUCCUGCCAGACGUGUGCCAAGAGGUUCAAAAGCAGCACUCACCUGUCGCGACACAUGAAGACGCACCGGAGAGGCUGCAGUCCUGAAGUGGAAAUCAUCCUGGAGGAUGGCGGCGCGGUGGCCGGUCAGAGCUCUCUGGAGCUGAAGCGGCUGUGCGCUCCUGGAGGUUACCGCCAGGGGGCGCUGCCGCCAACACGGACUCCACACCGGAAGUUGUCCCUUAGCGGAUGUAAACAGUUUCAGGGCGACUUGGAGCCGAACCCGUCCAGCAUGUCUUCCGUCCAGCACCUGAGGGAGUUCAUCAGCGAGCGGCUGACCGCUGCUGCGGAGGAGAUCUUCGGGGUGUUCCACAGAACCAUCGCCCAGUACGAGGAGGAGAUGGACCGCCAGCGCAGGCUGCUGGACGCCGCCUGGAGACCCGAGAUCCAGCUGGACCGGACAGAACUUCCGCACCACUUCCUCAGAAACGACGAGGAGGAGAUCCCUGUAGACCAGCAGCUCUGGGACCAGGAGGGGAAAACCCAUUUGGACCCGGAGGAACCAGAUCCUGCUCAGGUUAAAGAGGAGCACAACGAUCUCUGCUUCAUCAAAGACGAAGAGCAGCCGGUACCGAAGCAGGACACCGAAACCUCGACGGUGGCUUCUGCUCAUCAGCAGAUUUCCAGCGAUGAAGCAGAACCAAACACGGACCGGUUCCGCUGUGGCAGCUCCUCUGAGUCAGAGAGACGAGACUCGGUGGGAAGCUGGAAGGAAGAUUCAGAACCAGCAAGAACCCUGAAGCUGAAGAGGAGACCGGGCAGAAACGGGAGUCCGGCUGGGUUCUGGAGCAGUCAGGAGAAAGAUCCGCCCGUCCUGAAGCUGGAGGCCGAUUAUUUCGUGGCUCCGGGUCACCAGAACCUGCUCGACCCGGUCAGCUUUCCUGCAGCUGAGGUCCGAGAUCAGGAACUAAGCUCUAAUAACGGCUACAGAACCACGGAGCUGAAGCCUGAGGAGAGGCGGCCCAGGAAGAGGGUCGGCAGUGACUGUUUGGUUCAGCGGGAAUUCAACCCGAACGCGUGUCCCCGGCCCGUUUCCUGCGACGUCUGUGGAAAAGCCUUCCGCUGUAACUCAGACAUGCGGGUCCACUACCGGGUCCACACGGGCGAGAAGCCGUACUCCUGUGAGAUCUGCCAGAGGGCGUUCAGCUACAAGGCCAACCUGUCCGUCCACAUGAGGACGCACACCGGCGAGAAGCCGUACUCCUGCCGGUUCUGCGAGAAAAGGUUCUCCGACCACUCCUCGCUCAGGAAGCACGUCUACGUUCACACCGGCGAGAAGCCGUACUCCUGCGCCGUGUGCGGGAAACGCUUCAGCCGCAACAGCCACCUGUGGCGCCACGUCCGGCUGCACGCCGCCGAGGCGCCGUCGAACGAGGCAGAGCGGCCUCCGUGCACCACGAGGUGUCGCAGCGUGGUGCCGAACACGAAGACCCACACAGGAGAGGAGCUGCACGGGCCGCCGGCAGGGGGCGCUCGCUUUGUGCUGCUGCUCGGUACCGAGAGCGACUUGGAGCCGAACCCGAACCCGUCCAGCAUGUCUUCCGUCCAGCACCUGAGGGAGUUCAUCAGCGAGCGGCUGACCGCUGCUGCGGAGGAGAUCUUCGGGGUGUUCCACAGAACCAUCGCCCAGUACGAGGAGGAGAUGGACCGCCAGCGCAGGCUGCUGGACGCCGCCUGGAGACCCGAGAUCCAUCUGGACCGGACAGGCCUCCUGCGGCGCCGCCUGUGCGUGAAGCCCGGGAUGCCGGCUGCACCGCAGCUCUGCCACCAGCAGGGCGGCUCCACACGGACCCAGCAGCAACCAGAACCACUGGGGCUGAGAGGACCGGCCGAACCGGGGAAACUCUGCAGCAGCCCGGAGGACCAGCAGCUGGUUCUGAAGCAGGAGGCCGACACCUUCCUGCUGAACUGCGCAGCGAGAGGCCUCGGCCCACCAGAACCAGAACCAGAACCAGAACCAGAACCGGAGCACAUCUUCCCUCACAAGUUUCCUCCACCUGGGAGCCAGGGCAGCAGGUACCAGGGGUCGGCAUCGGCUGCCAGAGAGCCGACCAGGAACCCUGGUAGCGGCGCCGAGGCCGGCUCCACGGCGACGAGCCCGACCCGGCCAGAACCUGACGAGGCGCCUGAGCGAGGCGGCGCCGCAGGAACACGCCUCUACGUGCGGGCAGAUGUUCCACGGCGUCCCGUCUCCCCGCAGGAAGAGCCGCCUGCAGACCAGAGGUUCUGUCACCUGGAGGGGAAGUCCAGUGGGGAGCGGCUGGAACCAGAACCUCUGCAGAUUAAAAAGGAGCAGGAGGAGCAGCUGGUGCUGAAGGAGGAGAUCGAUUCCUUCACCGUGACGUCUGCUUACGAGGAAAGCGAUGAAAGUGAAGCAGAAGGAAAGCAGAGCAUCUUCCACGACCACCUGAAGGCUGCGAAUCGGGAGCCGGCAGGAAGCUGGCAGCGAGACUCCGGGCCAGCGAGCGGCGCCGAGUCCAUGCCGACCUGUAAACAGACGGGUCACAGCGAGAGUCCGAUUAGCGCCGGCACCAGCGACGGAACCUUAGGAUGUCAGCUGUGCGGGAAGAGCUUGGAGAGCAACGCUGAAUUAAAGGAACAUUUCAAGAUCCACGCUGUGGAGAAACCGUUUUCCUGCAACGUGUGCGGAAAAUCGUUCAAAUACAACAUCAAGUUACUGAUCCACAUGAGAACGCACACCGGGGAGAAACCCUUCUCCUGUGAAAUCUGUGGCAAAGGCUUCAGUCAGAAGGUCAAUCUGAACGUCCACAUGAGGACGCACACGGGGGAGAAACCUUACCUCUGCAAAACCUGCGGGAAAAGAUUCUCCGACCAGUCGGGCUUUAAAAGGCACAUGACCAUCCACACGGGCGAGAGGCCCUACGUCUGCAAAACCUGCAGCAAAGCCUUCAGGUACAGCGUCCACCUGAUGGUCCACAUGAGGACGCACACAGACGAGCGGCCGUACUUCUGUAAAACCUGCGGGAGAACCUUCUCCGACCCGUCCACGCUCAGGAAGCACACGAUGACCCACACGGGCGAGAGGUCCUAUUCCUGCCAGACGUGCGGGAAGAGCUUCAGCGACAACAGCAACCUGCUGCGGCACAUGAGGACGCACACGGGCGAGAAGCCGUACUUCUGCAAAACCUGCGGGAGAACCUUCUCCGACCCGUCCACGCUCAGGAAGCACACGAUGACCCACACGGGCGAGAGGUCCUAUUCCUGCCAGACGUGCGGGAAGAGCUUCAGCGACAACAGCAACCUGCUGCGGCACAUGAGGACGCACACGGGCGAGAAGCCGUACUCCUGCCAGAUCUGCGGGAAGAGCUUCAGCCAGAGCAGCAACCUGAUGCAGCACAUCCGCACCCACACGGGCGAGCGGCCGUACCCCUGCGGGAUCUGCGACAAGAGCUACAGCCACAGCUGCACGCUGCUGAAGCACAUGAGGAGCCACUCUGGGGAGAAACCGUACUCCUGCCAGCUCUGCGGCCGCUGCUUCAGCCACAAAUGCACGCUGCUGAAGCACACCAAGAUCCACGCAGACGGCGCCGUGCCGUCCCACCUGAGGGAGUUCAUCAGCGAGCGGCUGACCGCUGCUGCGGAGGAGAUCUUCGGGGUGUUCCACAGAACCAUCGCCCAGUACGAGGAGGAGAUGGACCGCCAGCGCAGGCUGCUGGACGCCGCCUGGAGACCCGAGAUCCAGCUGGACCGGACAGUGCUUCCUCUGCAUUUUCUCUGUAACACAGAGAAGGUUCCUGCAGACCUGCAGACCAGAACCCAGGAGAAAAGUUCUAAUGUGGACCCAAAGGAACCAGAAGGUACAGAGACUGAACCAGACGUUCCACAGGUUGAACCAGACGUUCCACAGGCUGAACCAGACGUUCCACGGGUUAAAAGGGAAGACAAGGAGCUCCCCAUCAGUCUGGAGGAAGGGCUCCUGGUUCUGAAGCAGGAAGCUAACUCCCCGCCAAGGAGUUCCUCUCGUGAAGGAAGUUUGAAGGUUGAACCAGAACCGGACCAGGACCAGCUGCUGCCUGAGAGGGAAGCUGAAGCUGCAGGCCAGGAUCAGGAUGGAAGCUGCUCUGAAGAGCGUGGAUCACCUGGAAGUGCCGCGCUGCAGCAGGCGAAGAGCCAGAGCGCACCUGACGUGGCUCUGAAACGCAACCUUCCUGAGAAAACCUUCAGCAGAGCCUCUAAACUGUUGUCCCAUCAGAAGAGCCCCGCGGGUGAAAAGCCGUACUCCUGUAAAAGCUGUCAGAAGGUGUUCCGAGAGAAGCACAACCUGCUGGUCCACAUGUGGACGCACACGGGCGAAAAGCCCUUCUCCUGCAAAACGUGCGGCCGACACUUCCGCUUCAAGAGCAGCUUCCUGAUCCACAGCAGGACCCACUCCGGCGAGAGGCCGUACUCCUGCGGCACCUGUGGAAAAACGUUCUCCUGUCAGUCGGCCAUGAAGAAGCACGCGCUGAUCCACUCCGGCGAGAAGCCGCAUUCCUGCAGGACCUGCGAGAGCGGCUUCAGCAGCCGCAGCGGCCUGCUGCGCCACAUGAAGGUCCACGCCGCCGACCGGCCGCACCUCUGCCAGAUCUGCGGCAAAGGCUUCACCAACGGCAGCCGCCUCCGCAAGCACGCCAUGACGCACACAGACGAGAAGCCGCACGCCUGCGCCACCUGCGGCGUGCGCUUCAGGCACAGCUCCAAUCUGGCGCAGCACGUCAGGAAGCACACAGACGACAGGCCGCACUUCUGCAGAACCUGCGGGAGGACCUUCUCCAAGAAGUCUGCGCUGAACAAGCACGCGCUUGUCCACACGGGAGUGAGGCCGCAUGGGUGCGACGCCUGUGGCAAACGCUACUUCAGGAGGGAUCACCUGAGGCGACACAUGAAGCGGCUAGCCUCCAUUGUUGUGUUGGUGCUGCUCGGUACCGAGAGCGACUUGGAGCCGAACCCGUCCAGCAUGUCUUCCGUCCAGCACCUGAGGGAGUUCAUCAGCGAGCGGCUGACCGCUGCUGCGGAGGAGAUCUUCGGGGUGUUCCACAGAACCAUCGCCCAGUACGAGGAGGAGAUGGACCGCCAGCGCAGGCUGCUGGACGCCGCCUGGAGACCCGGCGGCAGCCUCCAGGAAGCAGACCCGUCGCAGACAUUUCCCUAUGUGGCCGAGGAGUUUCCUGCACACCAGCACCUCACGACCCAGGAGGAGAUCUCCGGCCUGGACCGGGAGGAACCAGAACCUCCACGGGUUAAGGAGGAAGGCGAAGAGCUGCGCAUCAGUCACGAGGAAGAGCAGCUGGGGCUGAAGCAGGAGGCCGACCCGCCCAUGGGGGCUCCGGCUUACGAGGGCGGCUCCCACAGCGAACCAGAACCAGGCAGCUUCCUGUUUGACAGCGUCUCUGCGUCCGAGAGCCGGGAUCCGGGAGGAAGCUGGUCCAGACCCUCAGAAUGUGCUGGAAACCCGGAGCUGAGCAGGAGCAGGAACAGUGAGAACCAGAGCAAAGCCGACCGGGCCGACUGGACUCUGAAAUGCGACGUCUGCGGCAAAGCCUUCAACAAGGCGUCUGAGCUGAGAGCGCAUUACCGCAUCCACACGGGCGAGAAGCCCUUCUCCUGUCCCACCUGUCAGAAGGCCUUCACCUUCAAGUCCAACCUGCGCGUCCACAUGAGGACGCACACCAACGAGGCGCCCUUUUCCUGCCAGACCUGCGACAAGGUGUUCAAGCACAGGAGCAGCCUGAUGGUGCACUGCAGGAGCCACACGGGGGAGAGGCCGUACGUCUGCGCCACCUGCGGGAAACGCUUCACCGACAAGUCCUCGCUCAAGCAGCACUCCGUCACGCACACGGGCGACAGGAUGUACUCCUGCGCCCUGUGUGGGCGGGGCUUCAACAGGAGCAGCUACCUGCUGCAGCACAUGAAGGAACGUCCCGUAAUACGCAGACGCUCCCGUCCUGGAAUGAUCAGAGUGAAUAAAAUACGCAGUUCUCCUGAUAUUCAUCUGAGGAGCUCCUCUUUCUCCAGGAAUCAUGACGUCAUCAACAGCUCAGCAGAAACCGAACCUGAGCCGGGAGGAACCAGAACUCUGGACCUCUGAAGGAGAGAGACGCCAUCAAAGAUCUUCUCUUCGCCGGACGCUCCUGCCUGCUGAGAACUUCUGUCCUGUUGGUGAACGGCGGCCCGAUAUCUGGCUGACUGGGAUUUGGUCAGAAGAGAAACGAUAAUAAAGGAUUUUUAUAAGACUUUGGUUUUCUGAAACGCUGAGAGUGUGAACAUCUGCUGCAAUAAAACAUCUGUGAUCUUUA